AUGAAUUUCAUUUCGCGACGUUCACCGGUGUUGUCUCUCAAAGGAUCUGUCGCCGCUAGCCAGCCACUAGCAGUCCGAGCUGGAGUGUCAAUUCUGGAGAAGGGCGGAAAUGCUGCCGAUGCGGCUGUGGCUGUUGCUGCAGCUCUGAACGUCACAGAGCCUUGCAGCACUGGACUAGGAGGAGACAGUUUCUGCCUUUUCUACGACAACGGUACAAAGGAAGUGCACGGUCUCAAUGGAAGUGGUCGAUCUCCUACAAAUCUUACACUUGACUUACUUCAAGAACAAGGAUAUGGGAAGCACAACUUACUACCGAUACGGCAUGCUUACAAUGUUACAGUUCCUGGAGCAGCAGCAGCAUGGUUAGAUACAAUAGAAACGUUUGGCAGUGGCAAGAUAUCUCGUAGUGAAAUACUGCAACCAGCUAUAAAUUUAGCAACAGAAGGAUUUCCAGUGUCCGCUAUUACCGCGUAUAGUUGGAAUGCAGGAGUCGAUUGUUUGCUGAUGAAAAGAAAUCCACAUGGUCGGACAUUGCUGUUGCACGACAAAGCACCUCUUGCUGGUGAAGUGAUGAGAAUGCCAGUGCUGGCAAAGACCUUAAACUCUUUAGCUGUCGAUGGUAAGGAUGGUUUCUACAAGGGCAGAAUUGCCAAAGCAAUUGCUGAUAUCGUGCAAAGCAAUGGUGGUGUUUUAUCUGUCGAAGACAUGGAACAACAUGAAACAACCUUUGACAAUCCAAUCAAGGUUACCUAUAAAGGAAUCAAUGUGUGGGAGAUGCCCCCCAAUGGACAAGGAAUCACCGCUCUGUUAGCAUUGAAUUUACUCAAAGGCAUUGAUACUAAAGGUAUGGGCCAUAAUUCAAUAAAAUAUUUGAGUACACUUAUACAAGCCAUGCAGCUCGGCUUUGCUGAUAGUCAAUGGUACUGUGCUGAUCCGGCGAUGGUACCUGUCCCUGUAGAAGAACUUCUGUCUGAUAGCUAUGCUGCCAAGAGGAGGUUGCUGAUCAAUCCCAAUAGGGCUCUUGAUCGAUGGCACCAAGGCUCUCCGACGAGUUCCAGUGACACGGUGUACUUUUCUGUCGUUGACUCACAAGGCAAUGCCUGCUCAUUUAUCAACAGCAAUUACAUGGGAUUUGGAACUGGACUGGUGCCAGACGGGUGCGGAUUCACAUUACAAAAUCGAGGAGCAAACUUCUCUCUACAGCAAGCUCAUCCUAAUGUUGUGGCUCCACGAAAGCGGCCAUAUCACACUAUAAUUCCUGGGAUGGCAACGUUUGCAGACUCGGGUGAUCUGUAUGCCAGCUUUGGAGUAAUGGGUGGGUUCAUGCAGCCUCAAGGACAUGUCCAGGUAUUGCUCAAUAUGAUUGAGUUUGAUAUGGAUCCACAAGCAGCCUUGGAUAUGCCACGUUUUUGCAUUAUGAAUGGAAAAGAAACGUCGACCGAAAGUGAGGUGGCAAUAGAAGAAGGCAUAGGACAGCAGACUCUGCAUGCGUUGGCUUCAUUAGGAUACAGAGUUCGUGGCCCCAUAUGCAAUUAUGAUAGAGAACUAUUUGGAAGAGGGCAGAUUAUUCAGAAGAGGUUCGACAAGAAUAAUAUGACAGUUUACUGGGCAGGCUCUGACGGACGGGCUGAUGGACUAGCUCUUGCUUCUUUGCUGUAAUUACUUGGCAUUGCACAUUACAUUAGGAACAUUAUUAUUUAUGAAACCACUGAGGUAAAUCCAAUCUGCUCGUUCUUCCAUAUUGCAUAGUCUCGUUAAUUAAUGUACUCUACAAGAGGGAAUCCUCUGAGC